GGGCAGACAGACUGAAGUUUGACAUACUUAAGACAAAGACCCCAGCAGUUGUGAGCUGAGUUGUUUUCAGCCAGUGGAGAAGGAAUAUCUCCGUUCCUUACUUUCAUCACAGCAACACAGGAUUUUUGAUGGUGCGCGCGGAAAAGAAAACAGAGUCUCUGGGACACAAUCAGCUCCUGACAAGUCUGGAUAGCGGAGAGAAGAAGCAGCAGGAAGACCAAAGCUGCAGGAACAUACCAGCACCAGAUAGAUAAGGCUUUUAGGAGGGAACCUCAAAAAAAAACACACACACCAAACACUCUUUAAACGUCACGCAAGGAACAGUGGGGGAAAAAAGCAAUUCUGUCUCUCAGGAGAGGAGUCGAGAGUUGAGGGGAUCGAGAGAAAAGGACUCUGAAGAAGAAGUGUGAGCGCAGAGCCCGACAUCAGUUGUCUUGAGAAGCGAGAAAAGCAGCAGCAAAUCUGGAGGACGAGCGGCAAGAGGUCCAUCUGGCCCCACACAACAAUUUCACUAUGAGUAUGACUGGUACUCUAGAGAAGGGGGCACACCACCAGGCCCUGGACCUGUCUGAAGAGCUGCCGCCCCAUCACCACCAUCACCACAUGAACCACCACCAGCAUCUUCACCACUCCAACUCCCUGGCUUCCACCACCGCUGUGGGCGGAGGCAGGGAGACGCCAUCGCGCGUGGUCGUUCCCCCUCCUUAUUCUGCGGCUGAGAGCGGCGGUGGAAGCGAGGGUCCUCUGGAGCUGCGGGGGUCUCUGGACUGCUGGGCCUGCUCGGUGCUGGUGACGGCUCAGAACCUGAUUAUUGCCACGAUCAACGCCUGCCUCGCUGGAGUGGUGUUCGGGACCAUCCUGCUGCCGGCCAUUGUCAUGGUGGCGUUUGGCUUCCUCUGCCACUCUACUGUCCGCCCUCAUGGGACGACCCCCUACUGCUCAGACCUGCUGACUGACGGAGGCUGCGUGGCCCUCCUGGUGGUGGGCUUCCUCUUGGUCACCCCUCUGCUGGUUCUGGCACUGGCCGCGUACUGCCGGCUGGCCCGACAUCUCCAGCUGGGCCUGUGCUUCAUCCCAUACAGCCGGGCCGUGUACAAGAACCUGCCAGCCACCCAACAUCGCGGCCUCAGCACCGGCUGCUGCGGUGGGGGAGCUGGAGCCGAUGGCGGUGGGAAGGGAAAGGUCUGGGUGUGAGGUGAAGAUCGGAAGACGGUGGAUGAGGGCAGGGGGAAGGGAGGGAGGGAGGGAAGAAACCAUUAGAUAAAGAGCAGGAAGGGAUUUGAACAAGAGAACAAGAGGUUGCAUGACCAAGAAAAUAUAGUGGAUGCAAGGAACAGUGUGCAUACCAGAGCAUAACAACCACCUGAACAUCCUGGAAGGCAAGGUACAUGAAUACUGACACAUGGCUCUACCACUUUAGAGCAACAUUACUGAUUAACUUUAUUGACCAAGGAUUUUUUUGGCUGGUAUUAAUCCACUUGACUCAUUGGCUGUCACUGGAAUUUUGACUAUCUUGUAAAUUUCCAUGUUGUCCAGAUAUUGAGCAAAAGACUACCACGAACUCAGCUUGUAAUCGCCAGCAGGGACACAUUCACUUGGUCAAAUGCAUAAUGUUUAAUGUAUACAAUUAUAGUAAGAUAAUAGCAUGAUACUAUUAAAUUCCAGUAAAAAAAAAAAAAACACUAAAAAGAUUGUAUUGACACAAAUCUCUUAUCACAUUUAUAUUAUAAUGCCAAACAUAUGUCUAAAGUAGUUUCAUGGUCAGUUGUUGCAAAACUGUCACCGCGGCUUUUCUUACUAUGUCCUUUUUUAUAAAUAAAGUUGUUUUUUUUUUAUUGUG